ACUAAUGUACUCAAUAUUCAUGGUUUGAUAUUUUCCAUUAUAGAUGCUGUGUGUACGAUCUGCAUCUUGCGGGAUCGUAACUAACGCCUGCAUCACCUUUGAUCACUGCGAUGAAAGGUAAUAGGCUGCCAAUGACACGGUAUAAUGGCCUGGUUGUUGUUCCUAAUUUGAGCUUUUACAAACUGGCACCUAUUAUACUAUUGCUGCCGUAUUUAUGUUUAGUUGCUACAGUAUGUUACGUUCGUACCAGUGGUAUGCGUACGACAAUUCUACUAAGUACAUGCUUUCCUGUAUCGUUAAUUGUCUACAAGACGACUCCAUCACUGAUUAUCGCACUUAAGAAGGGAGGCUUUUGUAAUAUAAAUCUCAAUGCAGAGGAUGGUGCUCCAAAGGUACCAGAGCCCGGUUCACUUUGGGCGUGUACCAUUUACUUGUUACACGUUACAAUCCUGGUAGCCUUCAGCGAGAAAUACUCUGUUAUUAAUUUGUUCAGCGGUGCCAUAUUAGGCAUUGGCAUCAUGACGUUAUUGGGAUUAAUUGAUGAUAUGAUCCCUCUACGUUAUUUCACUAAAAUCAGUGCGCCUGCAUUAGCAAUGACUCCAGUAUUCAUGGCUAUUGGUUUUACUGAUGUUCAGUCAAUGCCCGAAUUCACCUCUAAGUUGUUUGGUCUUAACAUCCGUUAUACAUGGAUUUAUUGCAUCAUUAAGAUAUUAUUGACUAUAUUUUUUGUUAAUGCCAUAAACAUACACGCUGGCAUCAACGGGCUUGAGAUUGGCCAAUCGAUAAUAAUCGCUCUAUUCCUUGUGCUACAUAGCUGUAUAGAAAUCGCAAAAUUUCGUCUUGCCCCUGACGUUACAUCCAUGGAGUCAGUGGACAAGCACCUGAUGUCGUUGAUGCUUCUGUUGCCAUUUCUAUCGGUAAAUCUGGGAUUAAUCUGCUAUAAUUGGUACCCGGCAUCAACAUUCGUAGGGAACAUAUACACCUCUAUGGCUGGCACUUUGUUUGCUGUUGUAGGAUUGGUUUGCGAAUGCUCUUUAUUAAUGCUUUUGCUUUUCAUUCCUCAGUUGAUUAACUUUGUAGUUUCCAUUCCACAGCUUAUAGGAAUCCUACCUUGUCCAAGAUUUAGGGCUCCUAGAUACAAUGCUGGUACGGGUUUGUUAGAACAUACAAGCCACUACACAUUGCUAAAUAUGUUAUUACGCGCUCUCGGCCCCAUGAGCGAGCAAAAAUUAAGCUUUAUUUGUCUAGUAGCGCAAGUAUUAUGCUGCUUUAUAGGUUUAUCUGCGUAUCACUGUCUGAUAAUGCGGAUUUAAAACUGAU